AUGGCAGCGGAGCUUGAUACGUUCCUGUUCACCUCGGAGAGCGUGAACGAGGGCCACCCCGAUAAGCUUGCCGAUCAGGUGUCCGAUGCCAUCCUGGACGCCUGCCUCGAGCAGGACCCUUACUCCAAGGUGGCCUGCGAGACCGCCACCAAGACUGGUAUGGUGAUGGUUUUCGGCGAGAUCACCACCAAGGCCAAGGUUGACUACGAGAAGGUGGUGCGCGACACGUGCCGCGAGAUCGGAUUCACCAGCGAGGACGUGGGCCUGGACUGCGACACCUGCAAGGUGCUGGUGCACAUCGAGGAGCAGAGCCCCGACAUCGGCCAGUCCGUGCACGGCAUGGGCACCAAGACGCUGGAGGAGGUGGGCGCCGGCGACCAGGGCCACAUGUUUGGCUACGCCAGCGACGAGACCCCCGAGCUGAUGCCCCUGACGCACGUGCUGGCCACCCAGAUUGGCUACAAGCUGACCGAGUGA